AUACAUACAUGAGAUGUAAGUGAAUACGACCUUGUUGUCCUCAAGUGUCGUGCAUGCAUUUUGUGCACUUGUUCCGUUUGCAUGCACUCGCGCUUUCUCUCUCUCUAUAUUCCCAUCGUCUCUGUUUUCUCACUCUAGACCUGUAAAUACACAUAUCUGUAUCGUUGUGUCUAUUCAGUUUAAUUUAAUUGAAUUUAAACUCUGCCGAAAACAGAAGCCCCACCUGGGUCAUUGACUACCAACCGCCGCCGAAAGCAGCCCGUUGUUUUCUGGGCUCUCUUAUGUACUCCAAGGGUUUAUGAUUGAAGGAAUGAGUUUUGUUGAAAUGGGGUCAAGGAUUUGCAUGAAUGAGGUUUGCCGUACAACGACGUCGUCUGAAUGGAAGAAAGGUUGGGUCUUGAAAUCAGGUGGAUUUGCUACCCUUUGUAACAAAUGCGGAUCUGCUUAUGAGCAUUCAGUUUACUGUGAAACAUUCCAUCCGGAUGAAUCUGGUUGGAGGCAAUGCAGUAUAUGUGGAAAGCGUAUCCAUUGUGGAUGCAUUGCUUCGAGAGAUUUGCACGAGUACAUGGAUUCUGGAGGCAUAGGGUGCAUAAACUGUGUUAAGAGUUCGGAAAUUCAUUCAAUGCGAUCAAUGCAGAUCCAUGGUGAUGACAUUCCUAAUGCUACAUUUAUGACAAAUGGUACUGGAGCUGCGCAACUCAUGGUGGUUGAAAAUAGAAAGGAUGAUGAUAAUUAUGGUUUUGAGAGGCUCCUACAUUUGGCGAGGACUACAGGUGCCAGUAAAAUUGGGCAACUCUCUCACUCUCAUCAAGAUGGUUUAAAUGCAGCCCUUUCCGCGACCGACAAUACAUGCUUUGGGAAUCUCUCCCAAAAGUUGACUGGCUCUUCUGCGUUUAUGAGAACAGACUAUAGGAGACCAAUGCAUGGGGCUAAAGAAUUGUAUGAACCUUUGAACCAGCCGUCUCUAAAUUUCUCUUUGAGGCCUUCUUUAGUUACUUCGAAACCCAUGCCACAUUUUCCUAGUGGAAUUGUUGAAGGAAGUCAAUUGAACAUACGGGGGCCAAGGGCACGCGAUAUUUUGCCAAAGCCCCCAAAACCUAGUCCUGUUUUGGGUACUGAGACAAAAAAAGGAACUGCUUCACAGACACGUGUUGCGAGGCCUCCAGCUGAAGGGCGGGGCCGCAAUCAGUUACUUCCUCGAUACUGGCCAAAGAUCACAGACCAAGAACUGAAGCAACUAUCUGGAGAGUAUCCAAAAUAAUUUAUUAUGCAGUUUUGUAAUGCUCUUUUUAAAUUGAUAUGCCAUAAUGUGAUUGACUCUGGUAAUCACCUGUCUGCUUCUAAGUGUUUAAUUUAGCGUAAAUUGCACCCUUCAUCCCCCAACCUAUUGUCUCAAUGGCAAGUUAGUCUUCAAUGUUUAACAAUGAGCAAGUUGUUUCCAACCAUUCAUUAGAGUUAGACAAUCAGUCCCCAAUGAUGGAAUCAUACGUCACUUCAAAUUUCUGGUACUAGUCAAAGUUAGAAUUUAACAAAGACUG